UACAUUAUUUACUGGUGAUUUCUCAGACAGUGUGAAAUCUGUUUUCUGUUUUAGUUCCUCAAAUAUUUUCUCAUUGCUUCCCGUUAAAGGACAGAGAGCAUUUGUGCUUACGCCACUCGUUCUCCGUCCACUUGAGUGGGACCCUAGAUAAGCCUCUGAAAAUGGCCACCCAGGAGAAGGUCUCUGAUGAGAUUUGCCAGUUUGAUUAUGCUUUUCUGCGAGAGCUGUCUCCUCAUCUGGGCAUAGAUGCAGUUAAAUUUGGAAAGGAACUACAAGAGGAGGAGCGGAAAGACCGAGCAAAAAUGCAGAAGGGCUUUAACUCACGAAUGCGCAGUGAAGCAAAGAGGUUAAAGUCUUUUGUAACUUAUAAUCCGUACAGCUCUUGGACCCCUCAGGAGAUGGCAGCUGCUGGGUUUUAUUUCACAGGAGUAAAAUCUGGGAUUCAGUGCUUCUGCUGUAGCUUAAUCCUUUUUGGUGCCAGCCUCAGGAGACUUCCCAUAGAAGACCACAAGAAGUUACAUCCAGACUGUGAAUUCCUUUUGGGCAAAGAUGUUGGUAACAUUGGGAAGUAUGAUAUAAGGGUAAAGAAUCUGGAGAAAAACUUGAGAGGGGACAAAGUAAGGUACCAAGAAGAGGAGCCCAGACUUGAAUCCUUCAAGAACUGGCCGUUUUAUGCCCAAGGAAUAUUCCCAAGUGAGCUUUCAGCAGCUGGCUUUGUCUUUACAGGUAAAAAGGACACUGUGCAGUGUUUUUCCUGUGGUGGAUGUUUAGGAAAUUGGGAAGAAGGAGAUGAUCCUUGGAAGGAACAUGCCAAGUGGUUCCCCAAAUGUGAAUUUCUUCAGAGUAAGAAAUCCUCAGAGGAAAUUGCCCAGUACAUUCAAAGCUACAAGGGAUUUUUUGACGUAACGGGAGAAGACUUUGUAAAUUCCUGGGUCAAGAGAGAAUUACCUAUGCUAUCAGCUUAUUGCAAUGACAGCAUCUUUGCUCAUGAAGAACUACGACUGGACUCUUUUAAGAACUGGCCCCACGAGUCACUUGUGGGAAUUACAGCUCUGGCCAAAGCAGGUCUUUACUACACAGGUGUAAAGGACAUUGUCCAGUGUUUUUCCUGUGGAGGAUGUUUGGAGAAUUGGAAGGAAGGUGAUGACCCAUUAGAAGAUCAUGCCAAAUAUUUUCCCAAUUGUCAAUUUCUCCAAAAUAUGAAGUCCUCUGCAGAAGUGAUUCCAUGCCUUCAGAGCCAUGGUGAACUUUCUGAAAUAACGGAAACCACAAGUGAAAGCAAUGUUGAAGAUUCAGUAGCAAUUAGUUCUACAGUGUCAGGGGUAGCACGGGAGGAAGCCCAGUGGUUUCGGGAGGCCAAGAGUCUGAGUGAGCGACUAAGAGCAGUUUACACCAGUGCCAGUUUCCGCCACAUGUUUUUGCUUGAGGUCUCUUCCCAUCUAGCUACUGACCAGUUGCUGAGUUGUGAUCUGUCCAUUUCUUCAAAGCACAUCAGCAACCAUGUGCAAAAGCCCUUUGUGUUGCCUGAGGUCUUUGCCAAAUUGAACUCUGUCAUGUGUGUUGAAGGCGAAGCUGGUAGUGGAAAGACAUCCCUCCUGAAGAAAAUAGCUCUUCUGUGGGCAUCUGGAUGCUGUCCCUUGUUAAACAGGUUCCGGCUGGUCUUCUAUCUCUCUCUUAGCUCUGCCAGACUGGACCAGGGGUUGGCCAACAUCAUCUGUGACCAACUCCUAGAGACAGAAGGAUCUGUUACUGAAAUGUGCCUGAGGAACAUCAUCCAGCAGUUAAAGAAUCAGGUGUUAUUCCUUUUGGAUGAUUACAAAGAAAUGUGCUCAAUCCCCCAAGUCAUAGAAAAACUAAUUAAAAAAAACCACUCAUCAAAGACCUGCCUACUGAUUGCUGUCCAUACAAAAAGGACCAGGGACAUCCGCCGAUACGUACAUACGAUUCUAGAGAUCAAAGAGUUUCCCUUCUAUAACACCAUCUAUAUAUUACGGAAGCUGUUUUCACACAAUAUGACCCGUCUGCAAAACUUGAUGAUUCACUUUGGAAAGAAGGAAAGCUUGCGGGGAAUUCAGAAAACUCCCCUCUUUGUGGCAGCUGUCUGUGCUAACUGGUGUCAGUAUCCUUUUGACCAGUCCUUUGAUGAUAUAGCUGUUUUCAAGUCCUAUAUGGAAUGCCUUUUCUUAAAGCACAAAACUGAAGCUGAACUUCUCAAAGCAACUGUGUCCUCCUGUGGUGAGCUGGCCUUGAAAGGGUUUUUUUCAUCUUGCUUUGAGUUUAGUGAUGAUGACCUCACAGAAGCAGGGGUUGAUGCAAAUGAAGAUCUAGUCAUGUACCUGAUGAGCAAGUUCACAGCCCAGAGACUGAGACCAGUCUAUCAGUUUUUAAAUCCUGUAUUCCAAGAAUUUGUUGCGGGGAGGAGGCUGAUUGAACUCCUGGAUUCGGAUAGGCUGGAAGAUCAAGACUUGGGACUUAAUUAUUUGAAACAAAUUAACUCAUCUAUGAUAGCUAUAGGUAUCUGUAAAAAUUUUCUGAUCUAUGUCUCCAGCCAUCCUUCAACAAAGGGAGGGCCAAAAAUUGUAUCUCAUUUGCUUCAUUUGGUAGAUGAUAAACAGUUAUUUGAGACUAUAUCUGAAAAUGAUGACUAUCUGAAGCACCAUCCGGAAAUGUCACUGAAGAUGGAGUGUUUUAGGAUAUUGUGGCAAUUAUAUCCACAAGGUUACCUUUUACAGGUUUCAGAAGAGUUACUGGUUCUUGCCUUAAAAAUUGCUUAUGGAAGCAACACUGUUGCUGCAUGUUCUCCAUUUAUUUUGCAGUUCCUUCAGGGGAAAACACUGACUUUGGAUGUGCUUAGUUUACAGUACUUUUUUGACCACCCAGAAAGCCUGUUAUUGUUGAGGAGCAUCCAGUUCUCGAUAAGAGGAAAUAAAAGACCACCCAGAGCAGAUUUAUCAUUCCUGGAUACAUGUUGGGACAAAUCACAGGCACCAACUAUAGAUGAGGACUAUGCUUCUGCCUUUGAAUCUAUGAAAGAAUGGCAGCAGAAUUUAGCUGAAAAAGAGGAGAACAUAAUGAGUUUUGAGAAUAUCCGACUCCGUGUACCACCAGACAUCAGCACUGGCUACUGGAACCUUUCUUCAAACCAGUACAAGAUUCCUGUUCUGGAGGUACAUGUGACUAAUAGUGAUGCUGUGGACCAGGGGAUGCUCAGGGUUCUGAUGGUAGUCUUCUCAGCUUCACAGCACAUUGAACUCUAUUUAAACAACAGUAGUGGCUUUAUUGAAAGCAUACACCCGGCUCUUGAGCUAUACAAGACCUCUCUCACCAAGUGCUCCAUCAGCCAGUCUGAGCUCAGUGAAGCAGAACAGAAGCUGCUUCUCACCCUGCCAUCCUUGGAAUCUCUGGAAGUCACAGGGACAACCAAGUUAGAAGACCAAAUCUUUCCUAAUUUGGACAAGUUCCUGUGCCUGAAAGAACUGUCUGUGAAACUCGAGGGUGAACUAAAUGUUUUUUCAAUCAUUCCUGAAGAAUUCCAAAAUUUCCACCAUAUGGAGAAAUUAUUGAUCAAAAUUUCAGCUGAAUAUGAUCCUUCGAAACUAGUCAAAUUAAUUCAGAAUUCUCCAAAUCUUCGUGUUUUUCAUCUGGAAUGUAAUUUCUUUUCGGAUUUUGAGUCUCUCAUGACUGUACUUGUUUCCUGCAGCAAGCUUGAAGAAAUUAAGUUUUCUGGAUUUUUUGAAGCCAUCCCAUUUGUCAUCACUUUGCCAAAUUUUAUUUCUCUGAAGAUUUUAAAUCUUGGACAACAAGUAUUUCAUGAUAAGGAAAUAUCUGAAAAAUUUGAAGGAAGUGACAGUGAUGCUCAACUUUUACCAUCCAGAUGCCUUCAUUAUUGUGUUUCCUGGCUCUUGAUCCCAUACAAAGCAAUAUUCUCAGAGUGACUUAUUUCUUAGAAUAUAAUACUCUUUGGUCAUUGCAGCACUAAGCAAGUUCAUUCUCAGGUAUCCAUUCCCCACGUUAAUAUCCUGUUGUUUCAAAGGUUUCUGGGAUACAGGUAUAGCUAUCUUUUAAGAUUAAGAAAACUCAGUAUGAUUUAACAAAAUGAUAGAUGCAAAAAGAGUUUAAAUACUUUUUUUCAUUGUUUGUAUGAUUACAAAAGUAAUGUAUGCUCAUGGAAAUAAUUCUAACAGGAAAAAAUAAGGGUAAGCAGUGGAGGUGUGAAAUGUUACCAGUACCAGAUGCCACUGAGUUGAUUCAGACUCAUGGUGACCCUAGGUGUGUCAGAGUAGAACUGUGCUCCAUAGAGUUUUCAAUUGCUGAUUUUUGGGAAGUAGAUUGCCAGACCUUUCUUCCAAGGUACCUGUGGGUCAAUCUGAAUUCCCAACCUUUCACCAAGCCUGUUAACCAUUUGUACCACCCAGGGACUUCAUGUGGAGUGUAGAGCAGUGCUAUUCAAAGUGCUUCUCAAACUUUAGCAUGCAUAAGAAUCACCUGGUACUCUUUCACCUCCUUUCUCUUCCCAUUCUUUGGAGGCAGUGGUAAAGAGGGGUGAAGUGUGGAGGGUUGCUAAGGAGGCAGUAGGUUGAGGCUGCAGAGGCAAGAUCAAGGCCCAAGGAGGUAGCUGGCAUACAUAAGCAAAUAAGUAAACAUGUUGAGUAUAAUGAGAGCCAGGUUUCUCACAGUUGGAGAAGGAAUUUGCAAGUAUUGAAAAGGGAUAUGGCUAGAAAGAACCUUGACGUGUUGGGUUAGAAUUGGAGAUGUUGGUAUGGACUCAUGGCAUUUUGUUCUGUUGUACAUAGGGUCACUACAAGUUGGAACUGACUCGAUGGCAUCUAACAACAUGGUUUUUAAAAUCUAUACACAUAGGUAGAUAUAGAGAUACAGAUGUGUGUGUAUAUGUAUCUGUCUAUAUAUACGCGUAUGCAUAUUUCUCAGCUCCGUCAACUGAAAGACUGGAAGGAAUGCCACCCUAGUAGCAAUGAGCACACCAAGUGCCCAGAUCUUGUCUAAAUACUCUCCUCCCUAAGAGGAACAAAGUCCUUGGAGCAAUAGGUAAUUGAAGAACUGGGCAGGGAAAGUAGAUGAGCCUGGAGCAUUGUUUUAUGCUAGAAAGCGUUCAAAAUAUUUCAGAGUGUGACACUUCAGAAAUAAAGGACUUUCUAGUGAUCAAGUGAUCCACAGUGUGCUGUGCAAAGGAGGGGUCAAAGUGGAAAAAAAGGUUGUGAGAGGAGUGGAUUGUGAGGCUGGAGUGCUGGGAGGCAGAUGUUGAAAUCACUGAGCACAACAGCAUUAAGUAGGGUGGAAAUGAAGGCUGCUGAAGGCACUGAGGAGUGAGGAGAAUGUCCUGGGGGCCAGUAGCAGCUUCAGUCUGAAAGAGGAAAUGGAGCUACGGGAGGCAGUCUGGACUUCAGUGCAGGAGAGGUUGGUCAGGGGAGGUUGGAGGAAUGGUUGUCUGGAGGCAGCAAUGAGGAUCAAGGUGUAGGCUGACCCCUCUUUCUUGCCUUUGGAGAGAAAGAGGAAUAGCCUGCAUGCUACAUGGGACCUUGAGUGUCCUGGACUGUGCAUGAUUUUGAGGCUAUGGAUUACCAUUGUUGUGGGAACGAAACAGUACAA